AUGGCCGAGAAGCAACACAAGCCGAGGAGUGAGCGUGAGAGACCCAGUAUCCGUGUCAUCAGAGAAGGGGACACGCGUCGCGUCGCGAGGUCAGCCAUGCACGACGACACGUGCGAUGCCCCCACGCUCACCUGUCGCCUCUAUAUCCGCCGCCUCACCGGCGUCCGUAGCACUAGAAAGCACUGUACUGUGUUUACGGAGCUGACCAGGAGAGGGAGCAAGCGAUCGAGCAAGUUAAGCUUGGAAGAAGUGCGCGUGGUGCGCGGCCAGCCGUGGCCGCCGGCCGCCUUCGCUUGCCGCGAGGGGCUCAUGCACAUCGGCUUCAUCACCAUGGAGCCCAAGACGCUGUUCGUGCCGCAGUACCUCGACUCCAGCAUCACUCUCUUCGUGCAUCGGGGGGGAGUGAAGGUUGGGUAUAUUCACAAGGAUGAGCUCGUGGAGAGGAAGCUCAAGAUGGGCGACGUCCUCCACAUCGACGCCGGCUCCACCUUCUGCUUGGUCAACACCGGCAAAGGCCAGAGGCUACAGAUCAUAUGCAGCAUCGACGCCUCCGAUAGCCUUGGCUUUGGACCUCCUUAUCAGGCCUUCUACCUCGGCGGCGCAGGGCACCCGGCGUCUGUCAUCUCCGGUUUCGGACCGAAGACGCUUGGCCAUGCCUUCAACGAGCGUGGGCAGGGCAACGGGCACGAUGAUGUGCGGGACAGGGGAGCACGAUGCGAGGGUGCUGGCGCGUGGAGGCCGGGCGGCCGGGGAGACGAAGGCGACGAGUGCGGCAGCGAUGACGCGCGGCGGCCGACGUGGUCGUGGAGGAAGCUGGUGAACAGGUUCAUCGGAGGGGCGGGCGGCGGCGGCGUCACCUUGGAGUCGAACAAGAAGGGCAAGAAGAAGGGGGGCGCGCCGGAGCCGUACAAUCUCUACGACAGCGAGCCCGGGUUCCGGAACUCCUACGGCUGGACCGUCUCCGUCGACAAGCAACAGUACGAGCCCCUCAAGCACCCUGACAUCGGCGUCUACCUCGUAAACCUCACCUCGGGGUCGAUGCUGGCGCCGCACGUGAACCCUCGGGCGACGGAGUACGGCGUCGAGCAGGUGGCGAAGGAGUAA